AUGCUCAGCUCGACAAAUACGGUAUCAACCAGCCUCGGCAUGACGCCACCCGGCACCAUCGCGCCGGUGGAGACAAAAUCAGCACCGGCUUCUCCUCAGCAUCAUCACCAGCACCAUCAUCAUCUACAGCAGCCGAUGAUGCCCAUCCCCGUCGGAAAGAAGGAGGGCCUCGGCUACGCUUCCGGGCUGCUGAAUCCUAUCUCAUCAUGCUUCAGCUUCAUCUUGCCAGGAAUAUUUAGGAGGCCGCAGACCGAUUCUAUUGCCUCCUACACCGGCGAUGAUUGGGAGAUCCCGUUCGAAUCUAUCACUAACCUCGAGUGGCUGGGCGCCGGAUCGCAGGGCGCCGUCUUCACCGGCAAGCUGAACGCUCAAGUGGUGGCGGUGAAGAAGGUCAAAGAACUUCGGGACACGGAAACGUCCCACCUCCGCCAUCUCGCCCACCGCAACAUCGUCAAGUUCAUGGGGGUGUGCACACAGGCCCCCUGUUUCUGCUUGGUGAUGGAGUUCUGCUCCAACGGGCAGUUGAACGAGCUGCUGAGCGGGGGAGGUAUCGACUCGAUGGCUGUCCUCUUUGGAGUCGGGUCGGGGAAGUUGGCGCUGCCCAUGCCGACAAUGUUGCCUGAUGGGCUGCGGAUGCUGAUACAGCAGUGCUGGUCGCAGAAGCCGAGGAAUAGGCCGUCAUUCCAGGGCGUCCUCCAACACCUCGACAUCCUCGGCAACGAGCUGGCCGGAUGGGGAGAAGCCAAGUGCAACCGGAUGUACCAGAAGCUGACCACGCUGCUCGAGGAGCUGGACGUCAGGGAGAAGGAGCUCCUCGGCCGAGAGCGAGAUCUCGCCAUCCGGGAGGGACGGCACUAUAGAGGUGGCUCAUUUUCGGGCCCGCUUAACCACCGCGGGGCCGUCGUCGUCCGCGCAGGGCCGAGAAGUCAUCGAGGGGAAGCGACUGCCGACGUCUUCUCCACGCACGUUGCCCAUCCUUCGCUGUAUGGGGCUGACGACGGGAUGUCGUCGAGCAGCGGGGAGGAGCAGGUGGAGGAUGAGGUUGAAGGAUCUCCAGAUAUGAGGAGAGGAUCGCCGUAUCGAUGCAGUCAAGCUAGCAGCUGGUCCGGCCACCCCUCAUUCUCACGCCAAUCCUCCCUACGAUCCUCCCAAGGCCUCCGCCCAACUCGUCCAUCCCCACUACGUCCCCACAAUGCUUCAAUGUCACCAAGCCUUGCCCGCGAGAGCGCCAUGCGCCACUCUUCCUCCUCUCAACAAUGGUCGGAAUUCGCGCGGAACUGCCCGGCACGACAUUCUGGAUUCUCCGAGGACUCUGGGAUCCAACUGGGACCAUCCAGGGUCAACUCUUGCUCAAUCCUGGAGGAGACUGGGCCCCUGACGCCUCAGCAUCCAUCGCUGCUGACGAGGGCCAACGAGGGAAGAUGGUCGGAUGGGUCGGCGAGGAGGAGGACCAAGAGACCGAGGGAUGCCUUUAGACGGGAUUCACCGGCUAGGCUGCCGCAAGUCCGCCACAACCGCGACAAGGAGAAGCGCGCGUCAUGCCCAGUACAACUUCCGGAAAGGGAACUGUCUGUCGUUAGCCAACAAUCCGACACGAUCUACGACAAUUAUGAUAGGUCCGCGAGCGUCGCCCCAUCCUCCUCCUACGAUGAAGCUCUAGCCAACUAUGGCUCGACAGCCACCCUUCCGCCUGCCUUGUCGAACGCAAUGUCAUCUACCUCGGUCUCGACGAUCCCAUGCCGACCACAGCCGCUGCCGCCGUUUUGUCCGGGAGGAACUGGAUACUCCAACCCCCUCUACGCCUCCCCGAUCUCAACAUACGAGAACCCUCUUGUCGAUCCAAGCAACUUACUCCGCGUCCAUCCUAACGUCGAUCUGGCGUCUUCUAUAGACAGCAACAACCCCGGGCGCCCGGAAGACCUGCGAGAUUCCGACUCGGAUGCGAGUGGCGAGAGCUCAUCAGAAGCCGAAGGAGUUGAAGGAGGAGACGAGGGAGACCGAGAGAAUGGCAACAUUUUUGAGUCGAGCCUCGACUCCAAUAGGGCCUCCAAUACCUUCAGGCCUGAUGAGGUGACGGCGGUGGAGAAGAGGCAUCGUGAGCUCAUGCUCCUCGAGUCCUCCUCCAUGGCCUCAUCGUUGGAGCGCUCCUUGGAAAGGUCUCUGGAGAUGGCGGCCAUUCAUUCGGAUGGGCUGUCGGACCGUGAGACUGCACUUCGACGUGUUCAACGGACGAUAAAGACGCAUCGUCGUACUCACUCGGGUGGCCAACCCGUCCACAUGGCCAUCGUCGACGAGACGUCCACCGAGAGCGACGAGAGCGAGGCAGUCGCGUGC